GGGGCCUGGGCCGGCCGGCCGGCUCCCCCCGAGGCCUUCCCGCUCCUCUGCGUGCUGCCCGUUUCCUUCGGGGGAGCGGGACUGGGGGCGCUUCCGGCCUGCGGGUUCCUCCCUGCUCGUCCUCGCUCCGGGUGGCGGGGUCCCCUUGUCCUCUAUCUCGGCCCAGUAGCGAGCGGCAUCCUCCUUCCCUGCGCGUGAGCAGGGGAGGGCAGGGGCUGCCUCCUGCGCCUAGCUGGGCUCAGGGGAGCGGCCCCGCGAGAACGAGUAGGGCUUUCCGGCGCUGAGCGGAAUGGUGGGUGCGGGGGCUGUGUCCGCGCUGCGGGGAUGAAAUGGCCGCUCACGGCCUCUCUUCAGGCCCCUGGGCUUGGGGAGCGGGGAGCCGUGGCCUUCCCGCAAAGGGCGCGUGCAGCCGAGUCCGUGAACGCGGUUACACAUGUUGAACCCUGGGAGAAAGGGAGCAGAAAAACAGCAGGCCAGACAGGGAUGUGCGGAGGGGUGCGAGGUGUUGGAACUGGUGGAAUUGUGUCUACAGCUUUUUGCCUGCUUUACAAAUUAUUUACUCUGAAACUCACUCGUAAGCAAGUGAUGGGCCUCAUAACACACACAGAUUCUCCGUACAUUAGGGCUCUUGGAUUUAUGUACAUUAGGUACACACAGCCUCCUACUGAUCUAUGGGACUGGUUUGAAUCAUUCCUUGAUGAUGAAGAGGACCUGGAUGUGAAGGCAGGUGGGGGUUGUGUUAUGACCAUUGGGGAGAUGCUUCGUUCCUUUCUUACUAAGCUCGAAUGGUUUUCAACAUUGUUUCCAAGAAUUCCCGUGCCAGUCCAGAAAAACAUUGAUCAGCAAAUAAAAACCAGACCUAGAAAAAUCAAGAAGGAUGCCAAGGAGGGAGUGGAAGAAAUAGAUCGACAUGCAGAGCGUAGACGUUCAAGGUCUCCAAGAAGGUCUGUGAGCCCCAGGAGGUCUCCUAGAAGAUCCAGAAGCAGAAGUCAUCAUCGGGAAGGCCAUGGAUCAUCUAGUUUUGAUAGAGAACUAGAAAGGGAGAGAGAACGGCAGAGAUUAGAACGUGAAGCUAAGGAGAAAGAAAAAGAGAGGCGAAGAUCACGAAGUACUGAUCGUGCAUUAGAGCGGAGGCGAAGCAGAAGCAGAGAGAGACACAGAAGUUGUAGUCGAAGUCGGGAUAGAAAGGGAGAUAGAAGAGACAGGGAUAGAGAGCGGGAGAAAGAAAAUGAACGAAGCAGGAAAAAAGAUAGAAACUAUGACAAGGAAAAGGGUAAUGAAAGAGAGAGAUCUAGGGAACGGUCAAAAGACAGGAAAAGUAAGGGUGAAAUAGAAGAGAAAAGACACAAAGAUGACAAGGAUGAAAAAAAGCACAGGGAUGAUAAGAAAGAUUCCAAAAAAGACAGGAAACAUAGUAGAAGUCGAAGCAGGGAGAGGAAACGUAGGAGUAGAAGUAAGAAUACAGGUAAGCACAGUAGAAGCAGGAGCAAGGAGAAAUUAAGUAAACAUAAAAAUGAAGGUAAAGAUAAAUCAAAUAAACGAAGUAGAAGUGGAAGCAGAGGAAGAACCGAUAGUGUUGAAAAGUCCAGAAAACGAGACCACAGUCCCAGCAAAGAGAAAUCCCGAAAGCGUAGUAGAAGCAAAGAACGAUCCCAUAAACAUGAUCACAGUGAUGGCAAGGACCAUUCAGACAAACAUGAUGGUCGAAGGAGCCAAAGUACAGAACGAGAGAGCCAAGAAAAGCAACAUAAAAACAAAGAUGAAACUGUGUGAACUCAGUGAAAAGUGGAUCACAUUGAAUCCUAUAAAUCUUUGAUUAAAUCCUGCUUAUUUUUUUCUUAAAGUUGAGAUUGUGCCGUAGUUGAGCACUCUUUUUUCAACCUCCCUCUAGGCUGCAGAUUGUCAUUUCCUAUGUUGGGUAGGGAAGUGCCUUUGUAAUCCCAUUUAAUGCAUUGAUGGUUUCAACCCAUGUGUUUAGUUUAAUUCAUAAUGCAAAGAUUGUUCUUGCAUUUUUAUUGUUCAAAUGUUUCUGAAAUGUACAGUCUGUACAUAUGUCCUGAAAAUGUUUUAAUUCCUUUGGCAUGGUUGCCAUGUUGGUUAAAUUUGUAUAAGGCAAUAAACUGCCACUAAUUCUA